AUGGACCCCCGUACCAGUGCCCAGGAUGUGAUGCGAUGUGACCUGUACACUGGGUAUGGAAGCCUUUACAAUGUGGCCUGUCUGAGUGAUGAAAAAAUCUGGACAAGUGGAGAUGGCAACACCAUGGAACUCUACAGCAUCAAUCAGGGAUCACUACUCAAGUCAAUCACAACCAAGUCAGGGAAGACACCAGGUGACAUAGCAGUGACAAAGAGUAACUGGAGACCUUGGGGUGUCUGUAGUACCUCCUCUGGUGACCUCCUGGUUAUCAUGGACAGUGAUGGUUACCCAUACAAAACAAAAGUUGUCUGUUACUCUGGAUCCAGAGAGAAACAAACCAUUCAAUUUGAUGAUAAAGGUUCACCUCUCUAUUCAUCUGGUCCUUUUAACAGAUACAUAACUGAGAACAGGAACCUGGAUAUAUGUGUGUCUGACAUUAGAGCAGUAGUGGUGGUCAAUCAGGCCGGGAAUUUGAGAUUCAGGUUCACUGGACAUCCUCCUGCUCAAAAGAACAAACCAUUCACUCCACGAGGAAUCACCACAGACA